AUGGCUUUACCUCUUCCAGCAUUUCUUCUGCCGUCAUCCUCUCUCAUCCUUCCUCAUCUGACGCAGAAGGCCUUAGACACUCCAAUGAAGCUAAACAGCAACAAGACCCUAAAACGACAGAAGAAGAAACACGAGAGAGGACAGAGAUACAAGCAGAACAAAAUGGAGAAGAAGGAUGCAUAG